AUGGCCAGCACGGUGACACCGACGGAGAGCCUGGCAGAGAGCGACCCCGAGAUGUGGGCCCUGGUCCAGAAGGAGAAAGAUCGGCAGUGCCGGGGGCUGGAGCUCAUUGCCUCUGAGAAUUUCUGCAGCCGGGCGGCGCUGGAAGCCCUGGGCUCCUGCCUCAACAACAAAUACUCAGAGGGGUACCCUGGCAAGAGGUACUAUGGGGGAGCUGAGGUAGUGGACCAGAUUGAGCUGCUCUGCGAGCAGCGGGCGCUGGAGGCGUUCGGCCUGGACCCAGCCCACUGGGGAGUGAACGUUCAGCCCUACUCGGGCUCUCCAGCCAACUUUGCUGCCUACACAGCCCUGCUGCAGCCCCAUGACCGCCUCAUGGGGCUGGACCUGCCCGACGGGGGCCACCUCACGCACGGGUACAUGUCGGACAUCAAGAGGAUCUCAGCCACGUCCAUUUUCUUUGAGUCAAUGCCCUACAAACUUGACCCAGCCACAGGGCUGAUCGACUACGACCAGCUGGAGAAAACGGCGCGGCUCUUUCGUCCUCGUCUCCUCAUCGCCGGCACCAGUGCAUAUGCCCGCCUCAUUGACUACGCUCGCAUGAAGAAGGUGUGCGAGGAGGUGAAGGCGUACCUGCUGGCAGACAUGGCACACAUCAGCGGGCUGGUCGCAGCCAAGGUCAUUCCUUCGCCCUUCGAAUACGCCGACUUGGUCACUAGCACCACCCACAAGACCCUGCGUGGCGCCAGGUCAGGACUGAUCUUCUAUCGCAAGGGCGUGCGCUCGGUAGACAAGAAGACGGGCAAGGAGAUGCACUAUGACCUGGAGGACAGGAUCAACUUUGCUGUCUUCCCUUCCCUGCAAGGAGGACCACACAACCAUGCUAUUGCUGCAGUGGCUGUGGCCCUCAAACAGGCCAGCUCACCUGCUUUCCACCAGUACUGCCAGCAGGUACUGAAGAACGCCAAAGCCAUGGCGCAGGCCCUGCUCCAGUGUGGCUACACGCUGGUAUCAGGCGGGACCGACAACCACCUGGUGCUGGUGGACCUGCGGCCCAAGGGCAUUGAUGGAGCACGGGCUGAGCGAGUCCUUGAGCUUGUCUCCAUAACGGCCAACAAGAACACGUGUCCUGGGGACAAAAGCGCCCUCACGCCGGGGGGGCUGCGUCUGGGUGCCCCCGCGCUGACAUCCCGCCGCUUCCAGGAGAGGGAUUUCCAGAAGGUGGUGGGUUUCAUCGAUGAGGGCAUAGCGCUGGCUCUGGACGUCAAGAGCAAAACCAGUGAGUGAGCUGGGGGCACUGAUCUCCC